UCCCACCCGAAUCACGUCCACUAGCGCACAUACACACACAGGCGCAGCUACGUGUGCCAUCUUGCUUUUUUCAUCGGAAAAUUUUCCAGAAAUUACGCUCGAAAAUUACGAAAAAAUCGCGACCAAAUGGUUUCGAAAUUUUUUUAAAAUUUAAGUUUCGUGCAAAUACGUGAAAUAAAGUCGGGUUGGUUGAAAAAAGCGCCGCCAAAAGAUCGCUGGAGAAUUUUUUCAAUCAAGCCAAAUGGGUGCGAAGCUGACGACGUAAAAAUUUUUGUGUGUACCAACGAAAGAGCGGAGAAAACGGACGAGGCGAGAGCGCAAAGCGGAAAGACCGAGGAAACACUCGCGCAACAAGAAGAAGAGACAGCAGCAGCACCAACUACGAGAGUUUUCUCUCCGUGAGUCUGUGUGUGUGCGCGUGUGCGCGCGCUUGGGUUGGGAAAAAUGAUGGAAAAUUACGAGGAAAUUCGCCUGGGCCAUAUUAGGUCUAAGGAUCUGGGCAACCAGGUUUCAGACACUCCGCAAUUCUAUCCGCCAGCUAAGUUUGAUUUUGGCGCCGAAAUUCUGGCCUCAACGUCAACAGAGGCAGAGGCCGAAGCAACAACAACAACCAUAGAAACAGCAACAAGCGAACUUGCUGGCAAAGCAAAUGGUGAAAUCAAAACAAAAACAUUGGCUGCCAUGGAAGAACAAGAGAUUGGCGCCAAUUUGGAGCAUAAAACCAAAAAUCCCACAAAGUCAAUGGGCGAGGAUGAAGAUGAUGACGAGGAUGAUGAAGAGGACGACGAGGAGGAGGAGGACGAUGAGGAGGAAGUCACCGGAACAAGCAACGAGGACGAGGACUCUAGCUCCGACUGCUCCUCAUCAGUGGGGCCUGACUGGAAGCUGCGCUGGCUGCAACGAGAAUUUUACACAGGUCGUGUGCCGCGCCAGGUUAUUGCCAGCAUCAUGCCGCAUUUCGCGUCUGGUCUUGCGGCCGACACCGAUGACUCCGUGCUGUGGGACUAUUUAGCCCACCUGUUGAACGAGCCCAAGCGACGCAACAAGUUGGCCUCCGUGAACACCUUCGACGAUGUCAUCAGUUUGGUCAAGAAAUCACAGAAGAUCAUUGUGCUAACGGGAGCCGGGGUAUCCGUCUCCUGCGGCAUUCCGGACUUCCGCUCCACCAAUGGCAUAUAUGCGCGGUUGGCCCAUGAUUUUCCCGAUCUGCCCGAUCCGCAGGCCAUGUUUGAUAUCAACUACUUUAAGAGGGAUCCACGACCGUUCUACAAAUUUGCCCGCGAGAUAUAUCCCGGCGAGUUUCAGCCCUCGCCCUGCCAUCGGUUCAUCAAGAUGCUGGAGACCAAGGGCAAACUGUUGCGCAACUACACCCAGAACAUCGACACCCUGGAGCGGGUGGCUGGCAUUCAACGAGUAAUCGAGUGCCACGGCUCCUUUUCAACGGCGUCGUGCACCAAGUGCCGUUUUAAGUGCAACGCUGACGCCCUGCGGGCCGACAUAUUUGCCCAACGAAUUCCGGUGUGCCCGCAGUGCCAGCCCAAUAAGGAGCAGAGCGUGGACGCCUCGGUGGCCGUAACCGAGGAGGAGCUGCGCCAGCUGGUCGAGAACGGCAUUAUGAAGCCGGAUAUCGUCUUCUUCGGCGAGGGACUGCCGGACGAAUACCACACGGUCAUGGCCACCGACAAGGACGUCUGCGAUCUGCUGAUCGUAAUCGGUUCCUCGCUGAAGGUCCGACCUGUGGCCCACAUUCCCAGCAGCAUACCGGCCACGGUGCCGCAGAUCCUUAUCAAUCGCGAGCAGUUGCAUCAUCUUAAGUUCGACGUGGAGCUGCUGGGCGACUCCGAUGUGAUUAUCAACCAGAUUUGCCACAGGUUGUCGGACAAUGAUGAUUGCUGGCAGCAGCUGUGCUGCGAUGAGUCAGUGCUUACCGAAAGCAAGGAGCUGAUGCCUCCGGAGCACUCUAAUCACCACCACCAUCAUCAAGCCAGUCAUCAUCUACAUCACCACCGCCACUGCAGUUCAGAGAGCGAGCGGCAAUCGCAGCUGGACACGGAUACGCAAUCUAUCAAGUCAAAUAGUUCGGCGGACUACAUUCUGGGCUCAGCUGGCACCUGCUCGGAUAGUGGGUUUGAGUCAUCCACUUUUAGCUCUGGAAAGCGUUCCAAUGCCGCCGAAGCGGCAGCCAUUGAACGCAUUAAAACAGACAUACUGGUGGAACUGAAUGAGACCACCGCCCUAAGUUGCGAUCGUCUGGGCAUCGGAGCCCCUCAGACACCGGUUGAGAGUUAUCGCCAUCUUUCCAUUGAUUCCUCUAAGGAUAGCGGCAUCGAGCAGUGCGACAACGAAGCCACGCCUAGCUACGUGCGACCCAGCAAUCUGGUUCAGGAGACCAAGACAGUGGCGCCCAGCCUGACGCCCAUUCCGCAACAGAGGGGAAAGCGACAGACAGCAGCCGAGCGUCUGCAGCCUGGAACAUUCUAUUCCCACACCAACAACUAUUCGUAUGUGUUUCCAGGAGCUCAGGUUUUCUGGAACAACGAUUACAGCGAUGAUGAUGACGAAGAAGAGGAAAGGGCACACAAUAGACACAGUGAUCUCUUUGGCAAUGUGGCGCCCGGCUAUAAGGAUGAAGAUGAGGAUGCCUGUGAUCUGAACGCCGUUCCAUUGUCACCAUUGCUCCCGCCUUCACUGGAGGCUCACAUAGUCACUGAUAUAGUGAAUGGAUCCAACGAACUGGUGCCCAACAGCAGUCCCGGCCAGAAAAGACCCGCCCGCAUUAUAGAGCAGCAGCCAACGGUCAACCCAUCGCCCGCUGUUGAGACGGAAAUUCCCCCCCUGAAGAAGCGGCGACCAAGCCAAGAAAAUAAGCAGCAGACCCAAAUGGAAAGAUCUGAGGAGAGUCCGCCUCCAGGACAGUUAGCAGCAGUGUAAACGUAAACUUAGCCCUGCUAGUAGUUUAGUAUUUAUUUUAAAUGCAAUUUAAACCAACUUGUAAACACAACAGAAUCAAUGUCCAGAGUAGCUCCGAAAUCGAAGCAGAGGGCCAUGUUACCAAUUUCAUUCCCCGGAAAUGUAGUGGAAUCGGAAAUGAUACAACGUUUACUUGUUAUUUAUUUAAAAUAUGAAAACACUUCUAUUCCGGUAUCACGAAGUUUUCAAGAAAUGAAACUGGAACUAGAACCACUAUUUUACUCAAUUCGAGGCUUUAGAGAUCUGACCUUCGUUGCUUUACAAUCCACCCCCUAUGCCCAAUCCCGUUUUGAUAUUUUAAACUCUUAGUUUAUUUAUUAUCUCUUUUCAAAACAAAAUGCUGUAAAUGUUAGUAUUUUAUUAUAUUAAGUUGUUAUUGAGGCCUUUUUAGAUAAACUAAAAGAGAUAAGCGGAAAGUUGAAAAUCCUUUAGAAAGCAGGGUUUCUUUGUAUUCAAAGAGAAACAGCGCCUCAACUUUAAAUCUAGUUCUAAGCGUAAUAUAUUCAAAAUUAUGCAGCUGCAAACGGAAAAAUACGUUAGUUUAAAUUAAAAACUAGACACAAACACUCUGUAUAUAAGCACUCGCCCUUAAUUUGUACUGUAAAUGAUUAUUUUUCUACUUUUUUGUGUUAUCCUCUUUUCUAUUUCUAUCGGUUAUGGCAAAUAUUUUUUAACAUUAAUACACUCGCACCCACAUCAAAAUUGAUAAGCGCAUGGAUUUACAGAUAUAAAUACAAGUUUGAAAUUUGGUGUGCGUGUUUGAAAUGUUUAUUCAAAACCUAGCAUAAAUAUAUAGCCACCAAACGCAGUGUAAACAUAGCAGUAAGAAUUUAGUCUAUAUGUCUUAAAAGUGUAUUAAUAUCCAGAAUAUAAACCAAUCUAAAAAAAACA